AUGAUCUCUGCUGAAGGCUUCCUGUCUGCUCUGUCUCUCGGCGGAGACGAACAGCGACCUUCUCCGUUCCCUUCUGCGAUUCCACACAGUGGAACUCCUUCUCCCGUGCGCGACGCGUCGGCGCUAUUGUCGUAUACGGAAGCGAUGACGCCGAACUUGUAUAGCGCGCUAAGUGCCUCUGCUACAUAUCCGUCCGUGUACCUGUCAGACCCCUACAUCUCGAGUGCCGCGUCCGCAUCGCACGCCGUACCCUCGCCACUGUCGUCCAACCCCUACACAUACGGCAGCUGGACGGCUCCGGCGCCGCCUCUGCGCUCAGCAGUAGCAGCAGGGCCGUCGGCCGAGGCGGAAGCACGUGCAGCACUUAGCGAGGCGGAGCGGCAGCGUCAAAUCCUGCAGCUGGAGCGAGAGCUCGCGGAGGAGCAGCGGCAGCGGUUGGAAGCCUGCUUGUCGCCGUCGUCCUCGUCUGCCGCACGGCUCUCUGUAUCGGUGCCGGGUGGUCGGGUCCUUUCCUCGGAGGCCGCGGGCGACGCAUCACGUUACGGUGGGUCGGAGGCGUCUUCCUCACCGCCACCCGAGUCCGCCCACGACGAGCUUGGCGAGGAGUUGCGAGGCUUUUCGAUGGAGGCACCAGCGCCCCCCAGCUCUCCGUCACCGCCAUCGGCACAUGCGCAGGCCCGCCUCUAUGUGUGGGGCGCAAAUGGCGGCGUGGACGCUUCCAGGCCUCAUGCCGCCAUCGGCAAGAGGCCGCAGGAGCAGCCCGCCGAGCCAAGCGUGCCUCUAUCGCCCUCUUUGGCGACACCAGCGGCUGCCACCAAUGGCUUCGAUGAAGGCUCGGCAACGUCGCCUCAACCGCACCCGUCCCAGACCCCAAGCCCUCCGCGUUUUUCUCCGCAGCCGCGCACCCCCCCUAAGGAAGCAGUUCCGUCGCUCUCUACAAGCGAGCCGUGUGCUUCGGCGGACAUGACGCGUGCUGGGACCUCGUCUCCUUCUCCCAAACGAGCACCUGCGCGGUCCGAGGAGCGCCGUACUCCACGGCGACCCGCACCGUCGCCGCCACCCUCUGAAAGGGACAGGUCACGAGCAUCACCGCGUAAGCCAAAUUCUGCACAGCGCGCGGUGGCCGACAUGCAAGAGGACGAGGAGCGGCGCCUGUACGAAGCCUACAAGCAGAAGCUAGCUCACAUUCAAGAAGCGCUGCGCCCAUCCACUGGCAGUGGUGUGCUAUGCGCAACAGUGUCUCUCGAAGCCUACCGUGCACAUCAACGACGCAACCGUCUCACUACCCCGGCCCUAUGUCUAAGCACGCCGCCGGCACUCCCGUUGUCGUCUCCUCCGUUGCGUGCCACUGGCGAGCUUCCGCUAGUGCGGCGAGCGCCCUCUACAGGGUCGUGCGCUGACCCGGUCGCGCCCCUUCGGUGUGGGCGUCAGCAGCGGCUUCGCUGGGAUAUCGCGCACAGCGGAAAUAUCGUCGUCUCCAGCGACGGACGGGUCUGCAAAGCGGACGCCACGGACGCGCUGGCGCUGAUCGAGCGGGAGUACGAGGGACGUCUGGAGGAUGUGCUGCAGCGUCUGGUGAUCCCCUUCUACGCGAUGGGCAGCUUCGGCGUGACGCGCGGCUAUCUAACCUUUGCGUUUCGCUGGGAAUCACCGACGACGAUGCAUCGCGCCUCGGAGCGGCAGCGGCGCGGCCGUGUAGGCGGCGGUGGUAGGGCGCGCCGCGCACCCGCACUGGCGUUCGGAUUCGCCACCCGCGCCUUCACAGGUUACGGGACCGAGGCACCCGCGUUUCUGUACCUGUCGACCGGGGCAAUCGCUCAGGGGGUGGGCACUACCACCUCCGCUGGCGCGGAACGCCCCUACGGUGCUCCGUACGCGCCGGGGUCGGAGCUGGCUGCACGAUUGGACCUGGAACGCGGGGAGCUGGAGUUUUACGUAGAGGGUGUCGCCAUGGGCGUCGCAUUUCGCUUCUGCCCCGCUCGCCACCCCGCGCCAUUAUUUCCAGUGGCCGUCUUCUCCGCCGAAAUGGACGUGGCUGAGCUUCUGUACUCGGCCUGA